UAAAUUCUAUUCAGAUAGAUUCCUGCAUAAAACCUACUAUGGUGGGCGUGUUGGACUCGUAACACUGCGUAAGCUCCGUCCACCCGGUGCGCUGGUACGUGCGUUGAUAUUUCAGUCUAGAUGUUUUCACAGAGUAACAAGUUAAUGUGUGUGUAUGUGUGUAAUAAAGUUUCUAUUAAAAAGUUCGUGAAAGUGCGCUUGCGCGCACAUUGCAGGUUGUGAUAGGAAAAGUAAAGGGACUAUCAAACCAAUCGUAGAAGGAAGAAGUGAGGCAAACAACACCACGAGAGCCAAUCACAGCCGUACACCACGAAACAGCAUGGCAGGGAGGCGUGGUUUCUGUUAAAGGGACGUUGACAUUUUCGUGAGCUCGUGGGCAUCGGAGCCAAUAGCUGAAAAGUUUACCUGAAAACAGCCAAUCACAGAACGUGAAUUCAGUAUUGAGAAAAGCCGUCCAUUAUGGCUCCCUAGUUGUUUACUGUCUAGUCCACAGACAUCGGUCUAGUUCACUUAAGAACCAAAAUGGCGUGGACGGUUAUCAGUUGCAGUGUGGGUCGAUCCCUUUGAGUCAUUGAUGUUUUAGACAGCCAAUAAAAGCUGGAGUGGAUAUAGUCAACAUCCAAUCAUGUGACAGCACACAGCGGCUUUGUGUUACAGUACAGUUGGGAGCUGCUAUCCACAUAAGCCUCUAUUUUGGAUGCACUUUGACAAAUUUCCGCCGUUCUGUGUCAGUCGUUACAUUCAGCUAGACGAGGCACGCGUUUUUAGUGAUAACCAGUACAUAACCAGCUAGCCAAAAAGUCUGGAACCAAAACGGCUGGAUUGCAUCGUCAAGAUAAUCCAGGAAUUAGUUCAUCUUUUUAAAAUAUUCCUGAUUUCCGGCAAGUGCGUCCAGCCUAACAGCAUCUUUUUGUUUUUUGGCUGAUGACUUGAACCUAAAGUCGUUUGUAGUCAGUCGCUAACGUUAGCCAACUUUUUGUUGUUAUUCCUAAAACUAGUCAGAAAAUACUAUCGAUUUUUUGUUUCGUUUUUAUCAACAGCCAUCUGUAUUUCUUGAAGAGAGAUUCGUCUAACCAGUGAUACUAAGUCACCCAAAUCAAAUGGUUUAAAGGUAUAAUCUUAGCUGUGGGGAAGUGUUAGCGUCUACCGUGGCUAAAAGGCUACCACCAAGCCUUUAAAGCUGUUUUUUUAUUCAUCAUAGGAGAAACCAGUUUCGCUUUCCACGUCUUUUAUCGGGACCUUUUAUUUUAAAAAUCGAUUGAUUGAAAUCCUGCAGAAGCAACUCGAAAACAACAUUUUAGAACAAUAAGUGAGAACAACAGGGAACCCAAGAGUUCAGAAAUAGAAGCGUGACUACAGUAACGGAAUCCCUCGUUGGAUUAUUGUAAUAUUAUUAGUGUUAUUGUUGAAAAUGGCGUCGAUCGAAAUGGUGCAGAUGUUGAUCGAAGCAGCAGAGUACCUCGAUCGCAGGGAACGAGAAGCUGAACACGGCUAUGCCUCCAUGCCACCCUUCAUCAGCAGCAGAGAGAGGGAAAGCUUGAAAAGGAAAAGCAAAAGCAAGAAAAACACAAGUAGCAGGUCUACACACAAUGAAAUGGAAAAGAACCGACGAGCACAUCUACGACUGUGUUUAGAGCGUUUGAAACUGCUCGUUCCCUUGGGACCAGAUGCUAACAGGCACACCACCCUCAGCCUGCUGACCAAGGCCAAAGAUCACAUCAAGAGGUUAGAGGAGGGCGAGAGGAAAGCUCAGCACACCUUGGAGCAGCUUCAGCGGGAGCAGAGACACCUGAGGAGGCGCCUGGAGCAGCUGGGGGUGGAGCGGACCCGCAUGGACAGCACCGGCUCCACUCGGUCCUCCGAUAAGUCCGACUCUGAUCAGGAGGACCUUGACGUGGACGUGGAGGGGACUGACUACCUGCUGGGGGACCUGGAGUGGAGCACCAGCAGUGUGAGCGACUCAGGGGACGAGCGAGGCAGCCUGCGCAGCAGCUGUAGCGAUGAGGGCUACUCCAGCGCCAGCCUGCGGCGCCUGCACGACACUCAGGAGAGGGCCGAGCAGCUGGGCUGCAGCCUUUAAACAGCCCCCCCUACCACCCCUCCAGUUGGUCUCACCACUCCUUCCUGCUCAGACCCCUCCCACCCACCCUGCAAAGACUGACCGAGUCAGUCACCUCCAGCGAGGCUUCCUUACUGUCCACGCUCUGACGUCCUUCAGACUGACACACCUCAGACACGCCCACAUCUAGCCAGUCAUCAGCGGUCAGUCUUAAGGGUGUCGCCUGCUCUGCACCAAUCAAACGAGUGGGAUUUUAAAAGACACUCCAUCCCUACCGGGCCCUUCCGUCCUUUUGUAAUCACAACUUUCAGCCAGAGAAUGUUGCCACACAAUGUCCCACUGCCUCUUUUUCUAUGCCUAAGAGCCAUGGGAAGUACUUAUGAGAUUUAAAUCACACACACACACACACACACACACCUCCAUUUCUACUCGCUGUCCAACGAGACUUCUCAGAGGUGUGACACUGACGUGAUGCGGAGCUUUUUUUCUGCCUCGCUCACCAGUCAAGCGUCAGUGCACGGUAUCUUGCACUUAAAAUUGCUAUUUUAAACAAAACUGUCCCUUUUGUCCAGCCCCCCCCCCCCCCCCCCCCCCCCCCCCCCCCCGUGAAUGAAUGUUUGUGAAACAUGUCAGUCAGCAAGUCAGCAGACCUUGUGGACUCUAAACUAGCCCGUGUGGUGUUACCCGUCGGAGCCGAUAGCCGUACCUUCUCCAGUCCGUUAGCUUUAGCAGUCAGGCUCACCACCACGCUGUAACUACAUGUCCACACCCGUCACUCCUAGGAGGAGGAGAGACAAACGUAAACAAGUGCUGCGUGAGAUUGUGAUGGGAUUUGAGAUGUUGGGGGGACUAGGGCUGAUUAUUUUUAUUUUCUGCCUCUCUCUGACGACGGUGGCGUUUUUACGUCGACCCCUUCCUGCACGUGUGUCUGUGGUGCCUGGGCCUGGUGCUGUUUGCCCCUCCACUGCCCCGCUCAGCAGGUGGAACUGGAAGGGAAAAGCCCGUCGAGAGAUUUGAGCACAUUCCACUGCGUAGAGCAGAAAGGCUGGUGAGACUGAGAACAUUCGUUCUGAGGAGAUGGGUUCGUGCCAGUGAGCUGUAGAGUUAGGGCUGAGGCGUCCGGAAGCAGAAAGACGGGUUUCACGCAUUUAGAGACCCGAUUGUUAGAAAGCACUAAAAUGUUCCCUCCACAGGUUUUCUCCCCUUUGCCUUGCCUUCACCGCUAUUUAUUAUUUCAGCAAAAAAUGUAACUCUUUUAAUGUAAAUAGUUCUCAGAAAGAUCUCUAUGUGUAUCACCAAAUGUAUUUAUUAGAUAUACUAAAUAUAUAGAUGAAUAUUUAAAAUAUAUUUAGUCAUAGCCUUUGUUCUUUGUGAGGUUUAUUGAGAGUUUUUCUCCAUAAUUCGUUUGCACAGCCACGGCAAGCGUGAAGUCGGCACGGUGCUCCUAGAAAUUAAAUGUGUUCAUUGUGGUUGAUUUCAAUCUUUUUGCUGUUGGAAAGCUGUCUCACCCUGUUACUGAAGGAUUGAGGGAGCAGGUGAAUAAAAUAAAUCUGAAUAUGUUAGAAAAAGGUGAGUUAAAAGUGUAAAAGUGAUAGAAGCUUGGUGUCCAUGUUUGGUGACUGUUUGCGCCAUCGCCUGCUCUCGGGAAGCAGGAAAAGCUGAGCUCUGUGAGACGUCAGCAUUCCAAGUCGUUGCACGCAGAGAGAGGCGUACGUCCACCAGCUCUGCGGCGUAGCUGCGUGGUGCCAAAGCAAGCAGCCUGCAGGCACCGCUUGCAGAGCUUGGCAAAAAAAAAAGACACCAACAAAAAAAAAUCAAAUAAUAUAAAACCGGAAAAAUAGUUUUAGAAUUGUUUCGUUUUUCGGUGUGGCAUGCUGCUUAUUUCUGUCCUGUUUUCACACAGAGGAACUGUUUUAGCCACUAUUACAGAAAAAUGCUUUUAAGAUUAGGGGCAGAUGCACCAAAUACGCCAUCUGCUGGUGUGUGUGUGUGUUUCAUCAUUGUCUUCAGAGAGAAGUUUCUGGGGUGGUGCAUGUUGGGUGGCUAAUCAAUUGUAAGGCUUUAUUUCUGUUUCUUGUUCUGAGUAAAACGAAAAGAUCAGUUAUGACCCCGAGCAUUACCGUCCCUUUUGCCCAUUCGUAGAUGGUGUGUGUGUGAGUGUGUGUGUGUGUGUGCGUGUGUGUGUGUGUUUAUUUCCUAUACAUGUGUUUGCCAAGCGCCCGUGUGUGAGCAUGCCUCCCGUGCUGUGGCUGAGCGUGCGCUUGAGACGGGCGACGCUUCGCCCACUGCUCCUCCCCCCUCGCCCGCACCCCCCUGACCCGACGACCUCGGUGCUCUCAGCAUCUGCCCUGAGAAGCAGAUGUGGAAUCUCUCGAAGAACAAAACUACAGUCAGGCCACUUGUUUAAACUACAGUUUCUGCUUCAGGGGUGAACUUGUGGAUAUUUGGGUUUCUCUUAGCGUCUCCCUCCAUAAAAAUGUGGCUGAUAAUGCCUUAAAACAGGAACAAAACGAUGUGUGUGAAAUACUAAAGUGCAUCACAAAGGUCAUUCCUUUUCAUUGUGACCGUCUCAGGCGUUGUGCUUUCAUGCAGUACACACAAAAACACACACACCACAUAGCUCCAUGAACAUCACCUGCCACCUCUCGCUUCAGAAAGCUCCAGUGUCUGUUUUCUGAACGAUGGGAUGUUUUCUGCACUUACUUUCCAAGAGUUGGAGAUUUUGGACUUGGUAUUCUGAAUAAAUCACUUCAGAAAAGGGUAGAAAAACUUUGACAAUGAAUUGUGGAGCAGCAGUUUAUAUUUGCCAGUGAUGAUAAAAGAAUAAACUAUUUGGAAACCCUUGUUUACCUA